AUGAAACAACAAUACUUGGUCGCCUAUUUAGUCGCCUUUCUGAGAUCUGCUGUCGCGACUCCCAUCCCAGUCAAUGGCCAAGAUAUCGUCGAAAGAUCACCACAACAUGGUCGGUAUGGAGAAAGAGACCUUCCACAAUAUGGAGGUUUGUUGCGUACCUAUCUUGAUGACCAAAUGCUAAGAUUUGAAAUAGACGGCGUUGAUGACACACCGAUUAUAAUCACUCCUAUAGAUAUAAAUCAGGAACAAAACGUCCAAGUUAUUCAGAGCACGGUUGAAAAGCGGUCCCGCAAGCCUGAUGCAAUGCCAAUUGGAAUAACUCAGAUUGAAACGGUCCAGGGCAUCGAAAAUUCCGUCGCGAAGAGAUGGGGUCGUCCUAAGGGCGAACCAAUUGAUAUUACACAAAUCGAAACAGCCCAGGAAAUUCAAAGCUCAGUCGAGAAGCGUGAUUCACAACCUACCAAUGUGAAUCAAAUUGAGUGUUCGCAGGUAAUCAACAGUGUCGUUCAGAAGCGCGAAUUGAACUCUCCCAAAAACGUAUUCAAGUCGUUUCUCGAGCAAUCGUUGCGGACGGUGCCUCCUAUCAACAAAUUCAUGACAAAUCUCAAGAACCCAGAAGAUCCAGCUCCCAUCCGACGAUGGCGUACGAAUUCUGCUCCAAUAAGCCCCACAAAUAUCAACUCCCAACCAUUUGUUGGACGCGUCGGUGGAAAUCAACUUCAUGCUGUAUCGGAAUCCGACCCAGACUACGAAAAGCUCCAAAUCACUAAUCCUGAUGCCGUUCAAUCUCCCAAAUGGAGAGCAAUUCUAAGUCUUCGACCCUUUGGAGACAUACAUCUCUGGCGCAAUGCGUGUCUUGAAGGCGUUGGGCUUUGUUGCUGGGUAUUCAUGGCAGGUCUUGUUUCACAUGGAACUGCAGACCUCUCGACUGCAACAACUUUGGGUGCUGUUAUUCCAGUUGGAAUUGCUGCACUCGUUCAAUUCCUUAUAGUUACAUUAUUCAUCUUUAGUUUAGGUCCUGUGACUGGUGCUCAUUUGACUCCACUGAUAACCUUUGCCACUUUUCUUGCUAAACUAACAUCUCUACCCCGCAUGAUAUUAUAUAUUACUUUUCAGUGCAUUGGAGCGCUAAUAGGUGCAUAUAUUCUUCGCUCUGCUCUUGGUGGAGAUCCAAGCACCCUGAUAUAUUCUCCUGGAUGCUAUGUUGACCCGAAUUUGGUUUCUGCUGAACAAGUCUUCGCAUUGGAAACAAUGGGAUCCUUAUUUGUCUUAUACCUUGCUUUUGGUCUAGGUCUUGAUCCAAGAAACAAGAGCAAUUUUAGCCCAGCUACUGGGCCAUUCUUGGUUGGACUUUCUUCCGCAGUUGCUUUAUUUGCCGGAGGCAUAUCGAUGAGAGGUUACUAUGGUCUAUCUUGCAACCCUGCGCGAUGUCUUGGCCUCAUGUCGGCGGCACAUCGAUUCAAUUAUCAUUGGGUUCAUUGGCUAGGCGACUUUGUUGCAUGUAUAGUUCACGCCUUUUUAUACUAUGCAGUUCCGCCAUUUUGUAAUCAGAGAAUUCAGGACUGA